UCGCCCACAAUUCGGAGUCGAACACACGGUCGUCUCGUGGAUAUAUCUAAUCAACCCUCCUUCAACACGGAAGAAAUUCGUACUCUGCGUCCCAUUCGGCCUCUCCAGAUCGAUGAAGGGGAAAUCGUGAAAAAUAUCCACAGCCCCAAGUUCCUCGUCAAUCACAUAUCGACGGUUGCUGAUCCCCGCAAAGCCCGCAGGGAAUUCAGGCAUUGUGCACGUGUUCGCAGACGAGUUCCUUUCCCCAGUGUAUAUGCCGCCCUCGAUGCGCGCGCAGGGUGUCCCGUAUGGCACUUUCACGCUCCCAUUCCUCCAGCUAUCGAGAUAGGCGUCUCCUGCUGCUCUGAUGACUUCGCGCGCAUCUUGCUUGUCUUUGGGGAUCGGGUCCCAUUUUUCCUCCUUCGCCCACCGCAGGUGCGUGGUUGCGUUGAACACCCAGUCCCCAGGAUCCGAAACGAUGGACUGGAUCGCGGUGAUUUUUCCGGAUGUCAGGAGAAGUCGGGUAUCGAUAACGUAUGGAUGUUUGUUCGUGGCUGCUGUGAUCUCUGUGAAUGCUAUGCAUUGCGUGGUAUCGAAGAUGCUGCGGCUGAGGUCGACGGUGAUUGGCUGGCUUAGAAUUCCUUUGAGGCAGCAGACUGAAGUUUCCGGACGUUUGCGCUUUGAUGUACGAUGUGGCUGUGUCUUGGAGUAGUGUGCGAUUGCAUGCGGCAGACGCUCCCAUGACAAAGCUGAGAGCUAGCCACAAAUUGACGUGAGCCAUUUUGUCUUGCCAAUGACCAAAAAAAAAAACUGUUUCGGGAAUUUGGGCCUGGCAUUUGAAUAUCUUGUAGCUCU